AUGGAAAUUCCUCCACCUACCAAUGUUGUACCCGUUACUCCGAACGUUUCGACGAUGGAUCACGAUAGACAAUCAAAUGGCUCGGCGUUGAACAAGGCGGACUCUUCAAAGAAUGACCCGUACGGACCAUGGAUGGUAGUUGAGAAACGUCGAUGUCGACCACAAGCGGCAUCUAUGAAAAAAUCGGACAAUUCUAAAUAUGUUCAUAAGAAGUUUAGUCAGCACUACAAAGCAACGAUUGGUGCUGAUUUUGUCACUAAAGAACUCCAGAUUGAUGAUCGCCUUGUCACUCUGCAGGGUGAAUUGCUUUGGAUAGAUAUUGGAUACUGCAGGACAGGAGAUUUUUGUGUGCUAGUUUACGAUGUUAAUGUUAUGAAAUCAUUCGACACCCUUGAUAAUUGGCACGAGGAGUUUCUUGAACAGCCUCUUCAGGGAACUUUCCCAAUUGACACUUUUUCAAGUCAAACUGUUAGAAAUGAAGAUAACUCUUGUAAAAUUGUUUCAGAGAAAAAGGCAAAUCCCACUGACCCCAGGAUGUUUCCCUUUACGUUGCUUGGAAACAAGAUAGAUAUAGAUGACGGUAAUAGUCGAGUGGUCUCCAAGAAGAAAGCAAAAGACAGGUGUGCUUCUAAAGGAAACAUGCCUUACUUUGAAACAUCAGCAAAAGAAGAUAUCAAUGUUGAUGCUGCAUUCCUUUGUGUUGCCAAAAAUGCUCUAACAAAUGAGCGAGAGCAGGACAUAUAUUUCCAGGGCAUACCAGAGGCUGUGACCGAGACCGAACAAAGAGGUGGUUGUGCAUGUUGAUUACGAGUCAAAAUCUUUUUUAUUUUUGGUUGUCCGAUGAGGUCUAAUUAUUCUGGUUUCGUGAUUCUUAUCCAUCUUUUUAAUACAUUGUAUUCCAAGUUCCCUUGAUUGGAUCAUUAUUUGCCACUAGUUUUAUUUUGGUAGGGAGGAACUUUAAGGGGUGAAAUUUCCAGGAGAGUUUGCUUUUAGUGUUAUCUUUAAGAAUUGAACU